AUGAGGAAUAUUUGUAACUUUGUAGUUGCUGUGGGUGCAGAGGGAUGGUUUCACAUGUUUGACCUGUCUGCAGUGGCAGGAGCCAAGUCAGAUUCAUCCAGCCAGCAGGAGGCGCUGUUCUCUGACGACCAGAAACCCUGCUUCUCUCAGCACAUUCCUGCCAGCACCAAAGUCAUCCUUAUUAGUGACAUAGAUGGGGAUGGGCGCAGUGAGCUUGUAGUGGGAUACACAGACCGUGUGGUGAGAGCGUUCCGCUGGGAGGAGCCCACCGAUUCCUCAGACCUGAGCUCUGGACAGCUGGUCCUGCUGAAGAAGUGGCUUCUGGAGGGACAGGUGGACAGCCUGUCAGUAAACCCAGACCUAGAGGGUCUUCCUGAACUGAUGGUGUCCCAGCCUGGUUGUGGCUUUGCCAUCCUGCUGUGCACAUGGACACAACAGGGCUCCUCUGAGGCAGGGCCGGGGGAGGAGGCUCCACCCACUCCUGGCAGCACUGAGUGCUGCUGUAAACGCACACUGAAACUGAUGGACAGUUCAGAGCAGUUGAAGUGGUCAGUGCAGGUGGAUCACCAGCUUUUUGCUCUGCAGAAGCUGGACAUCACAGGCGACGGCAGAGAGGAGGUGGCGUGUGCCUGGGAUGGUCAGACCUACAUCAUCGACCACAACCGCAUGGUGGUGCGGUUUCAGGUUGACGAGAUCGUCAAUGCUUUCUGUGCAGGUCAGUACACCUGUAAGGAUGGCAAGAACAGCCCCUGUCUGGUGUACGUCAGCUUCAACCACAAGAUCUAUGUGUACUGGAGGGUGGAGCUGGAGCGCAUGGAGCCCACCCAUCUCCUUAGGGUCCUGGAGGAGAGACCAGAGUUCAAGGCCCGGCUGGAGCAACUGGGAGUGGAAUAUGGUCCUACUCUGAAAACUGACAGCCGCCUCUCGUACAAACAGCCUUUACGGAAAAACCCCAUGAACUUCACGUGA